AUGCGGGAGACGGGAGAGAACAAAGGAGGGCCGGCGACCGUGGUCCAGGGUCAGAUCCAGGUCAGAGGUCCGGGGAAGGUCCGAGGGGAAAUCCAAGGCGAAGUCAAGGUCCAGUUCCAGGAGGACGACCCCGGCGUGACAGACGUUCCGGCAGGCGUCCAGGAGGACGACCCCGGCGUGAAAGACGUUCCGGAGGCCGGCCCCGGCGAGACAGACGUUCCGGCGGGCGGCCUCGGCUUGACAGGUUCUCCGGCGGGUGGCCCCGGUGUGACAGGUUCUCCGGCGGACGUCCAGGAGGCUGUCGGCGGAUCAAGGCGACAGGAGGCCGCGGGCGGAGCCGGAACCACGGAGGCCGUCGACACACUGAGGAUUGCCCUGUUGGGGAAAACUGGAUCUGGGAAGAGCAGCCUGGCCAACACCAUCUUUGAGAAGGAAGUCUUCAGACCCAAACAUUUUACCAGCUCAGAGGAGGCUCGGUGUCAGGGAGAGACGGGACACGUUCAUGGCAGGAGCCUCACUGUGAUCGACACUCCUGGCUUUUUCCAUUCUGGCCUGUCUGAGAAGGAGCUGAAGGGUGAGAUAGUUAGGUGUGUCUCAGAGUGCAUUCCUGGGCCCCAUGCUUUUCUUCUUGUGCUGAGAGUGGAGAAGUUUACGUCACAGGAGGAACAGGUCAUCAGGAACAUAGAGGACUAUUUCUCUGCUGAUGUUUUUAAGUAUUCUGUAGUCGUUUUCACACACGGCAACCAGUUGGCUGAUGAAAUGAAGAUCGAGGAGUUUAUUGGAAGAAAUCGACAACUGAAAAAUCUGGUGUCAAGGUGCGGAGAGAGGUGCCAUGUCGUUGAUAAUAAAUACUGGAAAAACAACCAGCAGGAGGAGACCAGAAGCAACCGGUUCCAGGUGGCGCAGCUGAUCAACACCAUUGAAAAGAUGAUGACAAAAAACAAUGGCGGCUGCUACACCACCAGCAUGCUGAAACACCGGCAGAAAGAACAAGUAUUAGUCUGCCGUUUGUUUAGGAGUUCAGUCACAUAUACAAGAGAGAAGCGUGUGUUCAUUUUUGGUUUGGUGUUGUUUGCAACAAGGAAAGUUUGA